CUCUGGAUGUGGUGCUCUAUCUGUUUGCUCUUUACACUGAACCAGGCAAGAGACGUUGAACGAAGCAGGGGGAAAAAGGCAAACCCGUCUCAAAUCUGAAAAGGAAACCAUGGAGCUCAGCGAAAAGGACCCAACUGAUGACAACGAAAAAGAUUCGACAAACAAGAACUCGAACUGGUCCUGCUCGCUCAUCGUGGCCUCUCUGGUGGGCGCCUUCGGCUCCUCCUUCCUGUACGGCUACAACCUGUCGGUGGUGAACGCUCCCACGCCGUACAUCAAGGCUUUUUACAACGAAUCCUGGGAAAGAAGACACGGACAGCCGAUAGACGCGGACACACUGAGGCUGCUCUGGUCCAUGACGGUGUCCAUUUUCGCCAUCGGUGGACUCGUGGGCACCCUGAUGGUGAAGCCGAUUGGAAAGGUUCUUGGGAGGAAGUACACACUGCUGGUCAACAAUGGGUUUGCCAUUGCUGCUGCCUUACUGAUGGCCUGCUCUCUCUGGGCAGGAGCCCUUGAAAUGCUCAUCGUGGGCCGCUUCAUCAUGGGCGUGGAUGGAGGCAUUGCCCUGAGCGUGCUCCCCAUGUAUCUGAGCGAGAUCUCGCCCAAGGAGAUCCGGGGCUCUCUGGGACAAGUGACUGCCAUCUUCAUCUGCAUUGGUGUGUUCAUCGGGCAGCUGCUGGGUUUGCCUGAGCUUCUGGGAAAGGAGAGCACCUGGCCGUACCUUUUUGGAGUAAUUGUGGUCCCCGCCCUGGUCCAGCUGGUGAGCCUGCCCUUUCUGCCCGAGAGUCCACGCUACCUGCUCUUUGAGAAGCACGACGAGGCAGGAGCUGUGAAAGGUCAAGGCCGGCCCAGGAAGAACUUCCCUGGAGACGGUGGGCUGGGGGAUAGUGUCAAAGCUGAUGUCUUUCUACCCAUGGAAACAUUCAUUUACAAGUACGGCUGUCACUCAAUUUGGUUCUACACCAAUAGCAUCUUUGAAACGGCUGGGAUCCCUCCAGAAAAGAUUCCAUACAUCACCCUGAGCACAGGCGGCAUUGAGACGUUGGCAGCCAUCUUCUCUGGCUUGGUCAUUGAGCACCUCGGACGGAGACCCCUCCUCAUUGGAGGCUUUGGGCUGAUGGCCCUCUUCUUUGGGAUCGUCACCGUCACACUGACGUUGCAGAACCGCGCCAUCUGGAUCCCUUACCUGAGCAUCGUGUGCAUCCUGGCCAUCAUCGCCUCCUUCUGCAGUGGGCCAGGUGGCAUCCCUUUCAUCCUGACGGGCGAGUUCUUCCAGCAGUCCCAGCGGCCGGCUGCCUUCAUCGUCGCGGGCACGGUCAACUGGCUCUCCAACUUCGCCGUUGGGCUCCUCUUCCCGUUCAUUCAGAAGAGCCUAAGACCGUAUUGCUUUGCAGUCUUUUUGUCUGUCAGCAUCUGUGUUGCUGGUGCUGUCUACUUCUACUUUGUCCUGCCAGAAACCAAAAACAGAACCCAGGCAGAAAUCAGCCAGGCCUUCGCCAAAAGGAACAAGGCAUCCCCACCAGAGGAGAAAAUUGACCCGGUGGUGACCGACGAUAAGGCCAAUGGAAAAGCCAAACCAGACUCUGCCUGCACACUGGACAAUGAUACCAAAAGCAGGAUUGUCUAAAUGGAUGCUCUCGCCGGUUCAGGAAGCCGAACAUGCCCCUCUUUGUGGAAGGUUCGGACUGAUUGGAGCUGUGUACGCCUUACAUUAUCCAGUAUUUUAUAAAAAAUAAAUGCACACAUGCUAAUCCGA